CGGAGCAGCAACUCUCACGAUAUUUGCGGCGGCCCGCAGACGCGAGCCGCUGCCGAGUUCUGGCGCGCCCUUUCAGUUCUGCUUGUGGCCGGCACCACUGCGUUAUCCGGAACUGCCGGUCCGAGCAGCAUGACGUCCGCCUUGGAGAACUACAUCAACCGAACUGUUGCCGUUAUUACAUCUGAUGGGAGGAUGAUUGUGGGAACACUGAAAGGUUUUGACCAGACCAUUAAUUUGAUUUUGGAUGAAAGCCAUGAGCGAGUAUUCAGCUCUUCACAGGGGGUAGAGCAAGUGGUACUAGGAUUAUACAUUGUAAGAGGUGACAACGUUGCAGUCAUUGGAGAAAUUGAUGAAGAAACAGAUUCUGCGCUUGAUUUGGGGAAUAUUCGAGCAGAGCCUUUAAAUUCUGUAGCACACUGAGGAAAAACUACAUACUUGGACAUCUGUAAAUCUUUGUACAGAAACUGAUUAUUCUGAGGAUGAUAUAUGGAAUUUUUAUGAAUGCGUAACUGGAUUUUGACUCCUUGUUGAUUCAUUGUAAUGUGUAAAUUAAAAUAUUUCUACAUUUUAUUGAAAAAACUUUUUUUUUUU